CACUGGGAAAAACUCGUUAAUUUCAAGACUAAUGGCUAACAAAGUGGCGCUUCACACGGACUCGGUGAUCAAACACAGAUUUCAGAGAUUUGUUUGAGGAAGGAUCGGCCCUCUUCGAAAAUAUGGGAUAGGGUCAUGUGAGCAGCAUCAUCUGCAGCCACACGAUGGAUAACGAGGAGAACAAGACGUGCCAAGGAGAGAAGCUUGCUUCUGCUGUAGAUGACACUCUGGAUGAAUAUUUAAUCGCCCUCCAGCACAAAAACAGGAUCUUAAAGCGCCUUAAAGUCAAAGACUCCAGGGAGAUUGAGUUGGAACAGCUUGAGCAAGGUUUUUCAAUUUAUCUCAACGGAGCCAAUGCUGAAGCCAGUAGAAAGCAGCCCAGGGGCUCCAACCGCAAGUCUGUCUCCUCCCCACCUGGUUGGAGGCCUACACGUACAGCAGAUGUCUGUCGAAGCGCCCACCAGUUAACUGAAGAUAGUUGUAAUCUGGAGCAGAAUCAGAAGAAGAGGAGCCAAACCGCCCCAGGAAAGGUCCAGAGGAAAGAAUGGGUGAAGGGUCCUGUUAAAAUUCGAACAAAGGAUGGAUCAAGUUUGCAGAUAUCCCCGCAGAAGCGCUACUCUGAGGAUUUUGAGCCCUAUGAAAGUGUAGGCAUGGAGAGCUCCAGUCCACGCUCACCUCGAAGUCCUUGCUGCUCGAGGGACCCCUGCAAGGUGUCACGCUCCUUCAGCUCCAGGCCUGAGAGCCAGGGAGGCCAAGCAAACCAGGAGCACAGCGAGAAGGUUCUCCUCAACCUCGAGGAAGUGAAGGUUUUGCGUCGGAGCCUGGAGGUUAGCAUGCGACGCAGCAGCCGCGACUCGGCAGGGGAGGAGUCGGAUGAGGAGUGGAUAGAGGAGCAGAUUGAGAGGGAGGAGAGCACUGAGAGUCUGGAUGAACUGGGGCUGCCUCUCCCCUCCUCCAAGUCCUCUUCCAACUCUCGGCCCAGCGGCACCAAUAGCCAUUUCGACUCAGCAAACCUCAUUGUCCUGGAUUUUGGACCCUCACCUAAAGGUCGUAAGAUUGAACGUUCUCUCUCUGCAAAAAGGAAAGAAAGCAUUGACAGCUUUAUACCUACCAAGCCUAUGUUGGUGAGGAGCAAAACAUUAGAUAGACCGCCUUCAAAAGAGAGCCGGGAUGGUCAGAGGCCGAGGAGUCGGGUGGAGAGACCCCUGUCAGCAACCAGAAAGGCUUCUGUUGAGGAGCGAGACCCAGAGGAGGUUGCGUGCAGGGUGCGCCAGGCCAUACAGAGAGAAAAUGACCCUGUGCAGACUGCUGAGUUCUUCAACCGCAACAUGGCCAGGGGACACCAGAUGAUGAAUGGCUUAGUAACCCACAACACCCAUGACAAGGAUGACAACAAUGUCUCUCUGGCCAUGCAGAGAAUCACGCUCAUGGGCCUCACGCAACAACAGAAAUUGCUGAAAGCGUUGGAGAAACUUGAUGCUGGACCCAGCUACCACAUUCCUCAGAGUGUCAAAACAGACUACAGCAAGCAGCUGAGAAGGCAGUCCUCAGCAGAGGUCACCCCUGCACUGUAUGUUACCAUGGAGAUCCUGUCAAACUGGGGGAGCACUUUGCAUGUUGGGCUGACUGAGUUGCAGUUCUUCUGCCUCAGAAACAAGAAGUUGUAUGUGUCGCCUCACGACUUAGACAUCAGGAAUGCUGACUACCCCGGGAAUCUGGGGGCACUCGUCAACGGAAAGGUGAAGACCACCAAAGAGCGUCACAUGUGGACGUGCCCAUUCCACCCUCCCAUCCAGCUUUACUUCAUCAUCAGAAACACAGAGCGCUCCCCAGACUUUGGAAUAUCAUGCAUCAAAAUCUGGAAUUACAACAGAAGCCUCAACGAGCUUGACAUAGGUGCACGCCAUAUAAAGCUGUAUCUUAACAGCACAUUGGUGUUUGAAGGUGAGCUGGAGAAGGGCUGUGGCAACCAAGUCUUUGACUACAGCACCACCAUUGACCUCCAGGAUUUCCAGCCCUCAGACUCUGUGUUUUCCAGCCCUGUGUCUUCAGGACACAACCUGCGGGGUGUCAGCCCCCAUCGCUAUGAGGACAGGAAGCGUGGAGAGGGCAGCAGCAGCACCCAGCGAUUCCAGAGUUCAAAUACCCUGUCAGACACAACAAGCCAGAGUAUGGUAGACAUGCAGGAGAAAUCGCAUACACCUCUACCACCCAUCACUCCUUCAGUGGGUGCUUCAUCCUCCAUCCGCCGCUCGUCUACGCAAAGAAAUUCAUUUGACCUGUCUGCCUCAGAAGAGCCCCACUCCCUCAGGCAGCAGGUGGAGCAGCCGGCACCCAUGGAGCAUACAGUCACCACGCAGCCAGCCUCUUCACGGGUUGCACCUCAGUGGCUGCAGCCCCUGAACAGAGGCGCUCCAGAGGGCUGCGAGUCCAGCAGGGAGAGGCCCCGGUGGCUGGUACCUCAGCACUCUGCAGAGCCCAAACCUCCAUCAUCCUCAUCAUCUUCUAUGCUCCCAGAGCUGCCAUGUAACCCAGCCAGGGUGUGCAGAGGAGGGGAGAGGACGACAAAUGGAGUUCAGUGGAAGGCUGACUCUUUAGACCUGAGCUGUGACCUGCUGGAGGAGCUCGGGGAGCAAAAGCCAGACAGGCCCAUCAGUGGACGCAGGAGCUCAUUUAGAAACUCUGCAGCCUCUGGCAGGCAGACGGAGGAACAACACCUCAGAGCUACAGCGCUGACAAACACCGAGGAGCCGAUGUCUUUGGUGAACACUAGCAGGAGGCAGUCCAGCUCUCGAGCCCAGCUGCACAGCCAGCAGGAUGACACCCUCAUGGAGUCCUGGGACUCUCUCACUAAGUUCAACCAGUGUCAGCGUGGACGCAUCUCCAACAUGGGCUUCGAAGGAGACAUCUUUGAUGAGUUCCUUCAGCGGCAGGUCCGUGGUCCACCCACAGUCCCAGUCAACCCCUCCACAGCACCCAGGAGCCCACUGUCCUCCUUGAACACUCAGGGGACGCUGUGUGAAGGUGCUGAUGAUGAUCCAUCAGUGGAGCGGGAGGACGAGUUUGAGAUCCCGGUGCUGCCGCAGGGCCAAAGGCUGGUAAUCAACAUUGUGUCUACAUGGGGUGAUCGUCACUAUGUGGGCCUCAACGGCCUGGAAGUGUUCAGCUCUAGUGGAGAGCCUCUUCGACCUGCUCAUAUCCGUGCUGACCCACCAGACAUCAACAUUCUCCCAGCUUACGGCAAGGAUCCACGUGUGGUCACCAACCUGAUCGAUGGCGUUAAUCGCACUCAGGAUGACAUGCAUCUUUGGCUAGCCCCGUUCACCCCUGGUCGAAGUCACACCAUCUUCUUGGACUUCGGCGCUCCCUGCCAGGUGGCCAUGAUCCGUGUUUGGAACUACAACAAGUCACGCAUCCACUCAUUCCGAGGUGUAAAAGAAGUGGAAAUGAUGCUGGAUGGAAGAUGCAUCUUUAGGGGAGAGAUUGCCAAGGCCUCUGGGACCCUUUCUGGAGGACUGGACCAGUUUGGGGACACUAUCCUGUUCACCACUGAUGAUGAAAUCCUGGAGGCCAUGUCUCGCUAUGAUGAAACCUUCCUUAGUGAAGGUGAAGGUCCUGAGAGUUUGGUGUAUGAGGAGGAACUGCAGAGGCCACGCACUGCUGAUGGAGAGGGAGAGGAAAGACCUUUCACACAGGCUGGUUUCAGAGAGGAAGACCUGACUUUGAAACUUCAACUCAACCCUACCGUGAGCCAAUCUGAGGAGAAUUUGGACCUUAUUCCUGGGAUGUACACUGGAAAGUGCCUUAGACUGGAACUGGUCUUGACUUGGGGUGACUCCCAUUACAUGGGCCUGACAGGAGUGGAGGUGGUGGGGAAGGAUGGAGAGAGUUUACCUUUAGACCUCAGUAUGAUAACUGCUUCACCCAGGGACCUCAACGACCUGCCUGAAUACGGACAUGACCUGCGUACACUUGAUAAACUUAUUGACGGCCAUAACAUCACCACUGAUGACCAGCACAUGUGGCUGAUUCCUUUCUCCUAUGGAGAGCCCCACAUCUUGAACAUUUCCUUCAGCAAGACCCAAACUAUCGCUGGUCUUCGCAUCUGGAACUACAAUAAGUCUCCUGAGGACUCUUACAGAGGGGUGAAAGUGAUCCAUUUGUUCAUGGACGAUGUUGCCAUCUCCCCAACGGAAGGAUUCCUGAUUAGGAAAGGACCUGGCAAUUGUCACUUUGACUUUGCUCAGGAGAUCCUCUUUGUGGACUUCCUCCAGACGCCCACAGAUAACAAGAGUAAUGAAGACUACCACAGGGGAAGCUCUAAGAAACAAGAACAUGCCAGCAUGGACUAUGAAGCUCCCAUCAUGCCUUGUGGAUUCAUCUUUCAGCUGCAGCUGUUAACAACCUGGGGAGACCCGUACUACAUCGGCCUCAACGGCCUCGAAUUUUACAACCAGAACCACGAGAAGAUCAGUCUGAGCGACAACAACAUUGCCGCUUUUCCAGACAGUGUUAAUGUGCUGGAUAACGUGAGUGGUGAUGUGAGGACUCCAGAUAAAUUAAUAGACGGCGUCAACAGUACCCACGAUGGAAGACACAUGUGGUUAGCGCCGGUGCUACCUGGACUGGUGAACCGCGUGUACGUCAUCUUUGAUCAGCCAGUGACCGUUUCAAUGAUCAAGUUGUGGAACUAUUCAAAGACAUCUCAGAGAGGAGUGAAAGAGUUUGGACUGCUGGUGGAUGACCUCCUGGUGUAUAACGGCAUUUUGGACAGCGUGAGCCACGUGGCAAGAGGCAUCCUGCCGACCUGUGACCCAGCGGUGCCCUACCACACCAUCCUGUUCACAGACAAUGUCUACAUAGCGCAUCGUGAGAGGAACACCGUCAUUAGUAAUUAUGUGGAGGAUCAGGAUGUGAAGAUGACCAAUGAGAAUCAGAUAGUUCAUCACAACAAGAAGAAGCAGACAGCAGAUCCAGCUCUGCGGCCUAAAACCUGCAUGACCGACGGUGGGAAACAUGGAAAGAGGAGGUACUGACUGACGAACUGACAGACACGGAUUCAAUGUUUAUAAAAAAAGAGAGCAGAACUAACGGAGGGAUCCUUCGGCCGAUUGUUUCCUUCCACUUCUCGGUGUGAAAACCUCCUUCACAAUGAGUCCCAAAGCAGCCAUGAUUUGUAAUGACGUCGUGUCUGUGGUUCACAUGGUUCACUCUGGGGAGGAUGGAGCUCGUACACCGGACACAAACACAAACAUAAACCCGCAGGAUUCCACUUUAUGGUUGGAUUAUACCCCCCUUCCUUAGCUGUGAAAACACACCCGCAGAUACAUGUUUUCUUCAACGUGUACCGUACAGCUGCUCUGGUCGUCCCCUCUCACAGUGCCAGGAGAAAAACCUGCAAGGCUGCAUUUUUUAUCAGCCCUUUUAUUGUGCCUAGUACUACACACUAUAUCUGUGGCUGCUACUUGUGACUUUCGUGCUGCAUAUUCUAAUGCUGCUUGUGGCGUGUAAAUACUCAAAAGAAAAAAGGAGGAG